GGUCGACUAUGCGGGAAGGAAAGAAGAAGCAGACUGUGUAAAAGGUUAGACAAGACAGCAGCCGAAUCAAACGAGAUCAGGAGCCUGCAUUCGUUUAUGACUGACUUGGAAAAAGGUCAGCUAUCUAUGAAAAGGGAGUUGAAGGGUGAUAUUAACGACUUGAGGACAACAGUGCAGUCGUUUAGGGACCUGUUGAUUGGGAGGUUCGGUGGAAACUCUGAAAAUGGCAGAAAGGAGAAGAAUGACGAUAAAGUCGAAGUUGUGAACUUAAGCUCGGAUAGCUCGUUUUCCUUGGCAACAAGGAGUAAACAUGAGACGAAAAGCACAGUCAGCAGGAGAAAGGGGAAAGCGGUUAGAAAGUCUCCAAUUAGGUUGCGGAGUCCUAUUUGGACCCGGAAAGAUCCCGAGAGGACUAAUGCCAAAAUAAAGGUGAUCGGCCUUCAUCACUACAAAGUCCCUAUCAAAAAGGGAUCAGUGGUUGAUCAGCCACGUUUUUUAUCCAUUCAAGGAUGAAAGUGAGGCGCUGGUUAGAUCUCCAUGGUUUCAUCUAACCCGUGGAGAGUUUAAGGUAUUAGUGCCGGAAAUACCAUUGUCUACUCAGGUGAUCACUAUGUGCGUUGACUUGUUAACGGUGCCGGAGUUGGAAAAUGAAAAACCUAUGAAUUGGUUCUUACCACCGGCAUUUGCUGUGGCCUGUGCAACCGGAGAUCGCGUUUUUGCUUACCCUGAGAAAAGAAUUAAAACAGUGUACUGCUCUGGGGACUUCAAUGAUUGUGAGAAGGCAAAGGAACUGGACUCGAUCUUUUUUGAAGCAGUCAUGAGGAGAUUCGAAGCCAAGAUGUUUUGCACUUUCACCAUCGUAGAGGUGGUCAAUGCUCCGGGGCAAGAGAAUGGGUAUGUUUAUUGAUGAGGACGUCAAUGGGCCAGUCACACGUGCUAAGGCAAGGACGUUGAAGGAGAAGCUUGCGACAUAUUUGGAUAGCUACUUUGGAGCCAUGGAUGUUGAGCUAUUUCGAGGGAAGCCAUAUAUGAUGAUUCGAGUGAAGGAAGAAGGAGGAAGUGCUGAAGAGAAGGCAGAUUGCAAGAAGCAGCCUUAACGGGUUUGCUUAACGGGUCCAGCCUUAACGGGUCCAGGCUUAACGGUUUGGGCUUAACGAGUUUGCUGGCUGUUUCCGAGUUUCCUUGUUUUAAAGUCGGUUUAUGAUUGUUUUUCCAUGUUGGAGUCGGAUUUGGGUUGUACUUUGCCUAUUUAAAGGGCUGAACACGUUG